GCAAAAAUGCGCUGCGUUUUUUGCGGGAAAUGCAAGCGUUUGGAUGAGGGGUUUCUGUUGUGGACAAAAGUGCAGCAAGCAGAGGAAAAAGUGAACGAGGAUAAUUUAGCGGUAAAUUAUCGCGAAGAUGGACGAAUAUGAGGAGAUGUACGGGAUAGAGGACGACUUCGAGCAGCAGUUUGCUGACGAGCUCGAGGUCAUGGCUGAGAUAGACAGUGGACCACUGAGUGGCCGCUCUUCCCCUGUGAAGCGCUCCAAGUGGAGAACCGAAGAGUGCCGCUCCUUCGCGGAGGCCCUCGCCUCUGCCGACGACCUGGUUCGGGCGCAGUCUGCCGCCAGGGCUCCGGGGGGCCUCCAGGGGACCACCGACACGACGACGAGGGUCUCUCCGGGCACAGGGGAAACCAAGGCUCUGGAGACUUUUGCUGAGGAGCACAACUCCCUCACCCCAAAGCCUAAAAGACGGAGGCAGGAUGUGGCAAAGAAAUUGCAUUUUGGUUUGGAAGACAACGGAAGGGACAUCACACCUCCAUCCUCCCCUGAAGAGUACCGUUCAUCACGGAACACCAGUUUAGAUACAGUAACACCCGGCGUUUUGGAGAUCAGUGGACUGGGGGCGUUGCAAGCCUCCCCGAGGAAGGUGGACCUGUCAUGGCAACAUGUCCUCCGGAGACCCCCUCCCACAGGCGACUACAUCACAGUUACCGGCUCUGCGGGUAACCGGGUCUACCUAGCAAAGAGGGAGGAGGACUCGUCAAAGGCUGUGGAUGCCAGGACUCUUCGAAACUCCCAGUACUCUCUGGGGUUGCUGUCAGUGCCCAUUGAAGUGCUGAGGGAGCAGGUGGCAGAGAAGCGCCAUCGACAGCUCGUGGUGGAAUCUCAGAGACUGACUGACAUGCUCAGCAGCACCAGCCAUGUAAAUGUGGAAUCUGGGGAGGUGGACAGCAUGGACCAAGAGGGUGAUGCUGUGGAGGGAGAUUGUGAAGACACCACCUCACGCCUCUGGGUGGACAAGUUUUCCCCAGCACACUACACAGAGCUGCUUAGCGAUGAUUUCAUCAACCGCUGUCUCCUGAAGUGGCUGAAGCUGUGGGACAUGGUGGUCUUUGGGCGGGAAAAGCCCACCAAGAAGGUGAAAGCCAACCAGGCAGACAGCCGGCUGCAGUCCAAGGAGCAGCAGAACUCCCGCUUUAAGACCAAGACACAGAUGACCGAGGAGAUCCUUGAGGCUGAGCUGGAUCAGCACCACCGGCCCAAGUACAAGGUGGUGCUGCUUUCGGGCCCCCCUGGGCUGGGGAAGACCACGCUUGCCCACAUUAUUGCAAAACAUGCUGGGUACAAUGUUGUGGAGAUAAAUGCCAGUGAUGACCGCAGCGCCGAGCUCUUCCAGAAGCGUAUCGACACAGCCACCCAGAUGAAAUCGGUGCUGGGGGCUAAUGAAAAGCCCAACUGCCUCGUGAUCGAUGAGAUUGAUGGCGCACCGUCUGCUGCCAUCAAUGUGUUGCUGGCCGCUCUGAACCGUAAAGAGAACCGCGAAACAGAUUCUGAGGCCUCAGGUAUUGCCAUGCUAAAGAAGAAGAAGAAGAAGAAGGAAUCGGUGCUGCUGAGGCCAAUCAUCUGCAUCUGUAAUGACUUGUAUGUUCCCGCCCUCCGACAACUGCGGCAACAGGCCUUCAUUUUGAACUUUCCUCAGACACAACCUUCACGCCUCGUCCAGAGACUCGCUGAGAUCUGCAGGUGCCAGGGAAUGAGAGUGGAAACGGGGGCCCUCAUGACCCUCUGCGAGAAGACGGACAGUGAUAUCCGGUCCUGCAUUAACACGCUGCAGUUCCUCCACGGCCGCGGGCAGCGCCAGCUCGACCAGCGUGCCGUCCAAUCCGUCAAGGUGGGCCUCAAGGAUCAGAACAAGGGCCUCUUUUCAAUCUGGCAGGAGAUCUUCCAGUUGCCCAGAGCCAAAAGGAAGCGCAUUGGCGAUGACCCCUUUUCACUUGGGGAGGAAGGAGGCCUGAGCAGCGCAGGUGCCCAGAGGCUGCAGCACAUUGUGCACUUAGCAUCCUCAAGCGGGGAGUACGAGAAGCUCACGAACGGGCUCCACGACAACUUCCUGAGCAUGAAGCUGAAGGACCCGAGCCUGCGAGGGGUGUGCCUGGCGCUCGAGUGGCUCUCCUUCUCAGACCUGCUGAACGAGGCUGUCAUGCACCUGCAGAAUUUCUCGCUGAUGCGCUACUUGCCCUUCCUGCCCGCUGCCUUCCACCUGCUCUUCGCCGCCACCAGUGUCCCCCGCAUCAACUACCCCAACAGCCAGUAUGAGGCCUUGACCAAGACGCAGCACACAAGGAAUGCUCUUGUGGCCCUGCUGGCCGAGGUAUCGCCCUCCAUCCGCAGCCGAGUGGAUGUACGCUGCCUCUCCCUGGACGUCCUCAGCCUGCUGCUGGACGUCAUCUGUCCCAAGCUACGGCCAGUGAACCCUCAGCUGUACAGCACACGGGAGAAGCAGCAGCUGGUUGAAUUGAUCAACACCAUGCUGUGCUACAACCUUACCUACCGCCAGGACCGCUCGCCCGAGGGCCAGUAUGUCUACCUGUUGGAGCCGAACGUGGAGGAGGCAGUGCGCUUCCCGGGUCUGCCACCCCGUCGCCAGCUUACCUACCAGGCCAAGCAGAUGAUCGCCAGGGAGCUGGAGCUGGAGAGGAUGAGGCGAGCUGAGGCUGCCCUGCUGGCCCGCAACCCGCUGCAGAGGAAAGAAGAGGAGAAGGAGAUGAAGACGGUGGCUACCAGGGACAAAGCGGACAAAACUGGUUUGCGAAACCACCAACAGAGGCUGGAGAACAUCAUGAAGCAGGCGGUUAUGGAGAGUAGGCCCGAGGUGGACUUCUUUGGCCGUCCCAUCAUGCCAAAGGAGAAGCCGAAGACCAGCAAGGCCUCGGGGGAGCAGGAGAAGUACAAUGCCGAGCUCGUGAUGGGCAGAGCCGUGGGCAACAGUGAUGUGUGGUUCCGCUUCAAUGAGGGUGUGUCCAAUGCCGUCCGCCGGAACAUCUACAUCAGGGAGCUCCUGUGAACUGAUACGAUACCACAAUGGGAAGUGGGAUCAUCACUUUGCAGGAAAGCGAACUGUGUGAGGGUGCCGUGCAUGUAAGUGCUGCGUUUGGCUCCCCGUGGCCGACUUCACGUGUUCUGUGUACCGCGUCCCCCACCUCCUGCGAGAAACCCUCCCACACAAACCACAUUGUUCAAGCUGUCCAAAAAUCCUCUACUUUAUUCAGAUGUGACAAAAUUGUUUUUCUAAAACAGUCAAUAAAAAAAGCUGUCAUUUA